AUGACUUCAGCUUUCACGGUUUCCAAGUUUCAGAUUAUCACUUUAACCUUAUUCUCGUUCACUUUCGUUCAAUGUAAACAGAAAAAGAAGUUUCAAAGUGACAACAAAGCCCAACUAGUCGAUCCAAAUACUCCAGAGAGCCCAAAAUCAGUGAAAGAUGUUCAUCGACCAGUUUCACAAGUCCCACCGACAUUGAUGCCAAUUGAAAGUCCAACAAAGAAUAAAGUUAAUGAAGACACGUUGGCGUAA